UGUUUUCUUAUAUGCAUGGACUAGAUAAAAGGUUGGAGUGUUACCAUAUCGACCAAUGUUUGUAAUCUAUGUAUUUGAAUCCUUUCCAGUGCUUGCACCCACAAUCAUCCAAAGCGCACUCCCCGCACUCCUCUCUAGUGUAGGAAAACGUGAAAUUGUGGAGGCCGGACUUCUGGAACAUGUGAGGGAUGAGAUGCUCUCUGUGGUGGACAAGCUGAAGGAGUCUGUGGAGGGAGCAGAGAAGAUCGCCACGAACCUUGAGGGCAACCUGAAGACAGCUGCCCAGGGUCUGACCAGUGGCCAGGAUGUCAAAGCCCUCGCCCAGAUGGUGCUGUCCACCCUGGAGAAGGAUGUCGAGUCAAUGAUGGAAAAGGGAACAUUUGACGUUGAUAUUGAUGCGUUGAUCCAGAAUAUUGUCCCCAACGCUGUUGCAAAGCUCUUCUCCAAGCACAGCCGUCGUGGUCUUCUCGGCGAUAUUUUCAACGGAUUGAAGGACACUGUGGGUGAUACUCUUGGUCUUCUGACUGGCACCGCCUUUGCCGAUCUUAAAACAUUCCUCGGAAGCGCUGUUACAACUGCCACACAAGCUCUUUCCCCGGCACUGGGUAACCUGAAGGGUCUCGCCCAGACAUUCCUAGCCCAAGCUGGACAAGCCACCGCACAGGUCGCUGCCGAGGCCGUCAAGUUCUUCAAGCCAUUCCAGACUCAACUGGGAUCCGUCUUCACUCAGAUCAAGAGUGUAGCUGAAAAACUGACGGGACAUUAAACGAGUAUACAAGAGAUUUAGAAUAAAACAACAUAUUAAAA